AUGAAGUCUGAUAUUAAGGUGUCUGAUAUAAUUCAGGAAAUAACCAGGUCGAUUGAGGAUGAUUUAUCUAUAUUUCAAUCAGGGCAGAGUCAUAGCCAUCAAGAUGGCGAACUUCAAAACGCCGUCGAAGGCAUACUUCACCAACUCGUCGGCCGUGCCCAGGGCGCUGCGGCAAAAAUCCAAAAGCUUCUCAGUGAUGGAAAUUUCGGCUACGCAGACACUGCGCUUCGUCUGGCCAAUGAGCUGACCACUAACCUAAAUACGGCGCUUGGGAUGGAUGAAUUUGGCCUACCCAUUCAUGACGGCAUCGGCUACGCCCAAGCCGUUGACACCGCAAUCAAUGAUGUGAGCGGGGAGCUGACAACGCAGAUCGGGAAGGAUGAUACUACAAAAACAAUAACCACCCUUGCCACUGGUUCUGAUAACUUCCAAGGUUACAGAGCCUUCGUCGACCAAGACGAAAGAAAACUGGAAGCCCUUUUGUCCGGUAAAGUGAAUGUUAAUGACGACGGUCCGGAACAAAACAAACUCCCCAAGGCCAUCAAGCAGAUCGAGACCACUGUGAACGGAAAAGGCCAUUUGGAAGAGGUGGUGAACGAGAAAGAUGGUAACAAUCCAAAUACGUUCGAUAGCAAAACCUUCGAAGUAUUGUGCAACAAAGUUAACUCCAAGCUGCAAAUCCUUUGCGAUGAAGUGAAGGGGUUGCUGGAGAAUAGUGAGAAAGAGAAUGACCAUCCAGGAGAUAAAAGGGGCGCGCUCAGACUGUUGGACGAUUUGUAUUCAAUGCUUAAUGACGGCAAACGCGAAAAAUCGUACCAGCUUAAAAUGCAUCUUCGAGAAAUCUACGAAGAAAUCAGAACCAAAAUCAUUGGCACUUCAGGCGAUUAUUCUGGCAUACCUGAAACUCUGCUACAAAUAAAAACCGCAGCCGAAAAAUUCCACAACGAAACCAUUCCAAAUACAGUAAACGCCUGCAUCUCCUACAUCACCGACAAAAUCCAAAAGGAAGUCACCGAAAAGAUCAGGAACCUCAAAACCACCGCCCUCCACAAAUUCGCCACGACGAAGCAAAAGGAGCUGGAGGAUCUGAAGAAAUUGGUCACCGAGAAAAACUCCGAAAUCCAGAAAAUCAUCGGCACCGACUUGGCGAGCGGAACCAAGGGCCUGCUGCGUCUUGUUAGCGGUAACCUUACAACAUACAUCGAUCCACUAAGGUAUCCCAACGUCUCGGAGAUGUCAAGGCAGCUUAAAUGGUACUUGGAUCCUCUUCUCGAUUACAUUAGAUUGCAAGUGCGUACGCCUGCCGAAGCACCGGGCAAGGAACCACAGCCCAGCGAGGAAUCUAAGAAGGUGGGAAGUGUCAGACUCAGUAUGGAUGAUCUCCUUAAGUAUCUUAGCGACAAGAAUGUGAAGCCUGACCGCAAUGGUACACGCAUUUACACCUUUGACCACCAUUCUGACAAGUUACGUACUUCACUAACUGCCGCAGUUACCAACUUAACAUCCCCCAACUUCCACGGCUUCCACAACCCGCUGCUACUCGACGCCCUCAAGGCCGGCAUGACGCAAUUCACCGAGCAACUCUCACACGCGUACGUGAAUAAAUACAGUGGGAUGACGUUUGGUCCCUUGACUGAACAGAAACCCGGCGCCACUCCAACCACCGAUAAAGCCCUUUCCACCGAGGGCCGCAACUGCGCCAAGGUCUGCCUAACCAUUAUGGAGGGGCUGAGGAAAGAUGUGUUUGAUUUGAGAAAUGAAUGUGGAAAGGCAUCCGGUGGAUGGGGGGAGAUGAACAUUAAUUUAAGCAAUAAACUUGGUCCAUGGUUCAGCAACCGCGGUUACCGUGUGUCAAAGGAAAAGCAAGACGGUGAGUUGCGCAGCAAUGACGCAAAUUUCAAGGGAAAGCAAAUUAAUGAGAAUCUUCUUAAUAAGAAUAUUGACGGUGCUUCCGGCAUUGAAAUCCUCAAAACAUGGAAACAAGACAAGAACAAGAGUGAUCAGAAAAACUACCCAGAUGCUAAUGAAAUCUCUCUCUACGACAUGGUUGAAUUCCUUCGCGAAUUUUUCCGAAAGUUCUAUGAAGCAUGCCAACUAGAGCAUCAUUCAUCACCAAAGUCACCUUCAAAUAUCUACCAGAUGAUGCAAUGGCUCUCCGGGUUAUACUUUAAUCCGAUGCUUAAGAAACUGGAUGAUCAGUUUAAUGGACUGUUCGGCGAAGCGAAUCAGUUAGAUAUAGCCGUUCCAGACAAAAGGCACUACACAAUUAAUUCGCCUCUCAAUUCUGCCCAGUUGAGCAAAACACUCGAGCAGGUUUGUUUACUCUCGCAACUUACACUAGUCGCCAUCCAAGGGCAUGGACACGCCGAAGGGCGUUAUGCCUGUGACUUCCGCACAAACAUAGACAAAUUAAAUUAUCCCUCUAACCCAUAUGCGUGCUUCGACAUGUUAGUAGACAUCUUGCAUAGAGUGUUUUAUCAAUUGCGUUUCCUACAUAGUCAGUGUUCCAACAGCCGUAGAAGAGGAGGGUGGGCCGACUGCCACUACGGUAGGUAUGUCGGCGGUUCAUCAUGGGACUGUAAUGAUAAGCAAUGUGGCAACCUAGAGUGCAACCUAAGCCCUAACCAAAACACUAAACUAAUUGCAAACCAACUGGGUGACCAAACAUGUAAGCAACACCCUAACUGCGGUUUGAAAUCUCCACUCCAAUCGUUCCUCGAGGACGGGCUGAAAGGCUUUUUGCCUCAUUACUUUAAGACACCUGGUUGUAAAUUAACCUGUACCAUAAGCAACCACAGAGGCGUUCCAUGUCUCACGCCCAUGGGAUUUACCGAUAUAUGUGUGGCCGCUUCGCAUACCAAAACGGGCGACCAUCUCAGGGCAAAACUUGACAACCUUUGCGGUGGUGCAGGCAAAUCACUCACUAAAAUGUGUAGUAUGCUCGGGUGCCUGCUUCGCGUAGCACCGCAGACGCUAGGUGAUAUGUUAGCGUUCUACUAUCAGUUACUCCAUAAUUGGAAUAACAAUGCGCAGCACAGGAAAGAUGCUUUCGUUGCAGCUGUCAAAAAAGCCAAUUUCUGGGAUGAGAAAACAACGCUGGAAGUAGCGUCCAUCCAACAAUCCACUAGGCACGAUCAUAACGAUAAACACCAUGACAAAGGAGAUCUCUUCAGUCUUACAGAUUGUGUUCCUAAGUUUAAAUCCGGCCUACCAUGCGGCCGUUACUUGCAUCCCAUUACACUGUACAUCCGCUCUGUUUUUUCGGAAAAGCACGCUGAUAACUAUCUUUCAUGGGUAGUAUAUAUUACCGAGGCAUUCCUUGGGUUACUCUACGAUUUGUACGAGUCCUGCAAAAUUUGCGAGACUCCGGGCACCAGAUGCUGUGAUAGAAGCUGUGCUACAGAUUGCAAAGUUAAAUAUGCUGAUGCAACUGGAACGUCAAAGAUCGCAUCUACAGGUGACAAGCAUAAUGAAGGCUGCAAAUCUAUCGUACAAUGCCCCGAUAUGUAUCCAACGCUGUACAAAUAUGGUUUCAUAUUUGGCAGUCCACACAAACUCAGCGGUGAGGAUAAAAAUGCGCCGCAACACAAGAGAACGUGCAAAGAUUUUUGCCAAGCUCUGAAAUACGUAAUUGGUGAAAAUUGCGUACUUGUUCAACUUAUCCAUGACAUAGACAAAUUCAUUUGGGAGAUAAGACAGAAUUUCUCUUACACCCUCCUCACCCUCUGGUCCCUCUCUUUGCUGUACCUACUGCACAUCCUCGUCGUCCGCCUCGACGUCCUCCGCAUCCGCUCCCACUUAAAAUCACCUUCAAGCCACAGGAUCGCCGCACAGUCCCUCCUCGCAGCGGCAAGAGUCGAUGGCAUGGGACGGAAAGCUUUGACGAAUUGCCCCGAGAACCUUCGAGAGGCGAUCGACUGGCUCAUCCAGGUGAAGCACGGUGGCGGGAUCCCAAGGCUGUCCAGCGCUCUCGGUAAGUUGUUCGACCAUGUCGCUCAGGACGCUCAGACAUCUCUGUCGUCUCUCUCCGAAUCAGAUGAGCCGGCCGCCAGAGAUGUUAUCUCCAAGCUUCAAGGGUUUCGGAGCUCUCUUCCAAAAAACCCUGAGAAUAAUAAUCAAAACAUUCUACAUAAUCUCUGUUCCUCCCUUGAGACAUUUUUAGGUUAUCGGUCCCCUGGAACCUACGACGGUUCCGGGAUUGUGUACGGCGACGCCUCCCGUCUGUGCGAUGCCGUCUUGUCCUUCUUGCAUGGAGUGUUCAGUGAUAUCCGUGACAAUCAGCCGUAUGUUGUUGGUAGAGCUCUAUUAGGUAAUGUAGUUGGUGAGCUUGAAAAAGCGAGGUGGACUGGGCACCAUGGCUUUUCUGCUGUGCUCCCCAAGGUGGCCAGUGGCCUCGGAGACUAUAACAGAAAGGUUAAGGCUUCGAAUGAUAGAGUCAAGAGGCCGAUUGAUGUGUUCCUUACAUAUGUUAAGGAAGGUGGUGAGUUGUGUAAUGGUAUUAAUGAUUUGCAGGUUAGCAAUGUUACCGGCGACCUCCAAAAUGAGGAUCCUCGGGUGGUCUCCGCCGAUGCCUUGGUGUCCCAGUGCCUGCAAAAGGCCGAGGCGUUCAACGUGGCCAUGAAUGUAAAUAGUAGAGACGGAGUCAUGAAAAAGGCCAUCAAUGACCUUAAUAGUAGUUUGCGUGAGAGAGUUCAUCGCGUCCGUAAGUCUGUUAGGCGUGAGAAAAUGAGGCUCCAGAAGCUGUCGCGCAAGGAGCUUGACAACUACCUGGCGUUCAUGAAGAUGAUCAGGAAGCUCGAGCUGGCGAAGCGAAAAAUAAUUAAGGAGGUCGAAGUGCAAGUUACUGAUCUCGUAGAGAAGUUGAAGAAGAUGGUGCGUGAGAUUUUGGAGAAGCUCCAGAAAAUUAAUGACAGUCUCGAGCAGUAUGUUGACAAAUUGGGGAAGUGGAUUGAAGCUACAAAAGAAUUCAUUGAAGAGGUAAAGAAUGGGGACGUCCAGAGAAUAGUUGACGAAACAACUGACAACGUUACGGGUAUGACGUAUCUAUUUGAUAAAGAUGCAACUGAUGUGGUGAAGUGGAAAGAGGAACUUGAGAGGCUUAUUAAGCAUGAGAAAGAGCAAAUUAAAAAUACAGUUGAAAAGGCAAAAAACGAGAAGGUUAAGCAGCUGGACACAUGGAAGCAAGCGGCGGAAAAAGUGCUUGAAAAUGUUAUAAAAAGUGGCAAUGAAGUGCAUGAUGAAUUAGAUCCUGCUAAAACAGAUGGAGAUAGUGGUAAAAAUAAAAUUGGUAAGAAGCUUGGUGAAAUUGACACCGCUAAAAAUAAGAUUUCGGAAGCAAAUGAGAGUCUUGGAAAACAAGUUACCAACUUGGAAAAUUGGAUCACCUCGGCAGAAAAAACACGUAAGGCCGCCGAGGACAAGGCAAAUGAGGCUUCUAACCUUUUGAAAGAGUAUAAGGAUGGUAAAAGGGAAGAAACGGAGCUCACGAAAAAUAUUAAAAGAAUAGAGUAUGCAAAUAAGAAUAUUGUAAAAGUUCAUGAAGGAUUGAAAAAUGCUGACAAAGAUUUGGCAGCAUGGAAAGGUGCGGCAGACGCUUUGCUUAGCGGUGUGAUCUCACAGUCUAGGACAGUGAGGGAGAAGCUGACUCCAACUAAAGAUUCAGGGUAUGAUAUUGGCACAAAUAUUCAUAAAAUUACUGAAGCACAAAAAGGAAUUGUCGCCGCAAAUACACAACUUGGCAGCCAUCUUGGCAAUUUGAGUGACUGGAAGGGAGAGGCUGAAAAAGUUAUUGGAGAUGCGGUAAGCAAGGCGGAAAAGGUUUAUAAGGCUUUGGAUGUUGAGAAUACAGGUAAAGGAGAGAUGUUAAGCCUAAGAAUUGAUGUAAUUGACAAAGCUAAAAAUGAUAUUGACACUGCAAAUAAAGGUCUCCAAGCUGAAGUCACGGCCUUAAGUGACUGGAAGUCUGCGGCUGACAAAAUUGUCGCCGCUGGAAAAGUGAAGUGUGAAAAAAUUUUGGAGAAAGUUGUUAACAAGUCGAAUGAUGUAAAGCAUUCCGAUAUUUAUAAGGAAGCGGACGCAUUGCAGCAAAAGGCCACGGCGCUUUUGACUGCUUACAAGGAUGCGUAUAGUAAAGUGGAUAAUUUAAAACGACAAGUGCCUGCCGCCAUUGACCAACUUGAAGAGGGCAUGAAAACGGAUUUGGGGAAUAUCAGAGAUAGUAUUGUGAGCAAGAUGAAAGAGCAUGUUGGAGAGAUGCUUAAGGAUAUUAAGAAGAGUGUGGAACAGAUUAAGGGAACGGAUAGGAGUAGUUGGCAAAAUCCAGUUCCCUCAGGUCUUUUGGGAAUCGCACAGGGAGUGCAACAGUAUGCGCAGGCGUUUAGUGAAGAUAGAUUUGCAGAAAUUGCGAAGGGCUGGUUGGAAGCCACAAUUUUGAGGUACAAUGGCACGGUGCGGAGGAUACUCGGUAAGAAGGAUGUGUAUGAUGGGACCAAGAAGGAGGGGGACAUCGAGGCUUUCGCGAUUGGCAUGAAAGAGAAGCUUAAAACAGAUGUUAUUGGUAUAGCCAAAGAGGCGUUCGAAGGUGUUAAUACAGUCAGCGGGAGCAUUCAUACAAAUAUCACCGCCGUCAAAACAGCCUGUAAUGAGUUUGCCAACGGACUUGAUAAGAAACUUUUGCAGCCGGUAAAUGAAAUAGUCUCUGAGGUCAAGGAAAAGGCGUUGAACGUGGGAGGACUCGUCGCUAAAAUUAAAAACUGCAUCUGCGAGUGCGAUAAUUGCAACAAGCCAAACUGUGCCAAAAAAGCCGCCGCUGAAUUAAUAAUGUGCGCGCUGACAUCUACAGUGAGACAAGUUGGCAACGAGCUUGAAUCAGUGCUGCUCGGCGUGGGCACAGGUAUGGGCAACAACGCCGAUGGGACAAAGAAAAGCAUCGCAGAUCUGUUGGACAAAGCCAAAAAGGCAACUGAAGAACUUCACGAGAAUCUGGGAGCGGCGGAAAAAGAGGCAAAUAAAAAAGACGGGCAGCCAUCCGCCCCCUCCAACGGCAAUACCAUUUUGGAGAAAGUUAACGACAUUGAAAAGCAGGUUAAAGAGGGGAUGAAGAUCAGUAAGGACGUUAACACGGACUUUGAAAAAAUUAUGGAUAAAUACCAUGCAGCGAAAGGAGACACCGCGAGCGGUGAUCACAAAUAUCACAACUUGCUUCAUACAGACAUCCCCGGCGCGAUGAACGCUUUCAAGUCCAUGGGUGCAUUCACAGAUGAAGAAAGACCUCAAAACGAAGACGUCUCUAAAGCAAACGAAGCAGUCUCCAAGCAUCUCUUUACGGUUGAAGAAGAACUCAAAGAAAUCGCCCACCACGUUGAUAAUACGAAGGGCAAGCUGCAGCCUCCACCAACAGAUAAAUUUGGCAUCACGCAGCGGUUGGAGGAUUUGGAGAGGAUGCUUGGGAAUGGAAAUGAGUAUAAACUUAAGUCAAAAUUAGACGGAUUAGCUGACCAAAAAGUCAAAGGCCUUGACGCAAUCAGGCAGGCAAUUCAAACUCUGAAAACAGACACAUAUGAACAAAAAUCCAGUGACAUCGGCGGUGGCGUCACCCAAAUUAAGGCGCAGCUUGAAGAGCUCAGGAAGCAGUUGAAGAAAGAUGGACAAAAUGAUAAAACUGCCGUUGUCAACGCGUUGAACGAUUUGCAAAAAGAGGGUCUCAACACUAAGGGAAAAUGGCAGGCAACUAAAAGUGGUAACCCAGUGGACGGCCUGAUGAAAAUUCAUGGUGACAUCGACAACCUUAAAAAACAAGAUUUUACUCAAAACCCAACAAACAUUAACGACGCUGUUCAACAAAUUACCCAGGAACUUCAAGGCCUCCAACAGAAUUUAGAGCAACAAGUUACCACCAGGUUAGAGACGCUGCAGAGCAAGGGGCUUAAUACACAGGAUAAGUGGGAUGAUAGUCAAAAAGCCAAGGGAUUUGAGAAUAUUAAAAGUGAGAUUAGUGGACAAAACAAAACGUUAAAAGAGCAAAGCGAUUAUAUUGAGACGGCGCUAAAUAAAAUUAGGUGGGUACUCAGCGUUCUCGGAUUCAAGUUGAAUGAUAACGAUGCUUACGAUGAUAUCACUGACCAGUUGAAAAGGUUAGCAAAGCAUCUUGGUACGGGUACAGGUAUAUAUAAAAAUAAUCUUCAAGCAAUUCAUGGUGUGAUUAGUGGGCUGCAAAAGGGCCUGUUUACUCAGAAACCUGACGAAAUCGGUAAAACCAACGAAGCGAUUAAAGGAGAACUUCAAAAACAGAGGAAUGCUUUGAAAAGCGACGUCACAGAAAAGCUGAUGAAAUUGAAAGAUCACGGCCUUAAUAAGGGCGGAAACAACUGGACAGGCGACACAAAAGAUGUCAGUGGCCUCGCUAAAAUCGAGGACGAAAUUGACACAGCGCUCACGGGCAUUUCAGACUACGCCGACGCAAUCAACAUUGACCACAUAACGAGUGGGCUUCAAAAGGUCUCCGACAAUAUCGAGGAUCAUGUUGGCAUUCUCACUUACCACGUAAAAGAGACCACGGAGGCCGUGCAGAGGAAACUGCAACAAUUCCUGAGUGAGAGACUUUUCGAGAAGCUUGGCGCCACGGAACCUAAGGAAACAGCCCUGCAGGAAAUCCACGAUGAGCUUCACAGGUUGCGCACAAGGGACUUGCAUAGCGUCAUAAAAUCACUGGCGGCAUUUGAUGAAUACGCAGACAGACUGCGGAACGAGACCAUUAGGGAGCUUACGGCGUUCGUGAGCAGGGAACUGGACGCUGUGGCCGCCGAGCUGACUCAACACGCCCGGAGACAUUACGUCUCCAAUGUGCAGAGUGCUCUGACGUUCUUUGCCAAGACAGUGGCCGGCGAGCUCACAGGGCUGCCGCGUGCAAUUGAGAGUGACUUGGAGAUAGGCUUCAAGGGCUUCGUGAGUCAGGCUGAAGGGAAGGGCGGUAAAAACAUAAAUUUGCUUGCCGAUGAAAAAAGCGCCACCAGCGUCCGUGAUCUAUCUUACAUGUUCGGUGUCUUCUUCGGGAGGCUAAUGUUGUACGUAGCCGCAGAGAUCAAGAGGGUCCACGAGGAGGAAUAUGCCAAGAAAAAUCCGUCGCUUCCCAAGGCAACAGAUCACUACGCUGACAGACUUAAUGACGUUCACGCAGCGCUUACAGCCUUACUCAGCCACUUGACUCAGCAUCAAAGGUACGACCACGAGGUCCCCGGACUGCUUGACGACCUCACUAAGGCACUCGCCGGCCUCAGGCCUGAGUGCUUCGCCAGGCCUAAUUCACCUGUAAUUGAUGGCGUAGUAGACGGGCUCACCGCCUUUGCCGCCGAGCUGAGGAAUGUGUACAUCAGUGUUUAUGACGGUCAGACGUUUGAGUGUGUCCUAGUCAGAAGUGAGGCUGUUACCGAAGCCAACAAAACUCUGGGCGCAAUUGCCGUCACCGUAGAAAAUGUAGGCCACCUGACGCCCUACGGCAAGAAGUGCGCCAAGGUGUUGCUCACGAUAAUUACGAUUAUCCAUGACGCUAUAGCUCACCUGGUAGAUAGCUGCGAACGUGACUGGCGAAAUCACAGAAUCACUCUACAGACCCAUGAUCAAAAGGACAAUCCCCUCGGCAGUUGCCUCCACAACUGCGGCUACAGGGUGGCCGAUGAUGACGCCGCGCAGACCGCCGAACUCAGAAAUGACUGCGCGGGCACAGAUAUUUCCCAGCUCCUCAAGGCGCCUGUCAGCGGCGCAGACGAAGACCGUCACCUCCAGCAGUGUGCCUCGAAUGCGAAGCGGAAGACUUCGGACUUUCAUGUCAUCGACAUCAUUAAUUGCCUCAUCCAACACCUCAAUGAAUAUUAUGUUUGCUGCCAUCUCAAUGUGCCGCAGUCACCCAAACCACCGUGCUCCGUGUACGAGAUGCUCGUGUGGCUCUCAGGCCUCCGCCACAGCCGGGCGUACGAUGCGCUCAAGCGGCACGUUAGAGCCGCGGUAGAGACAGAAGACGCGCAGUCAGGCGAAACGAAGCCGUACACCCUAGCCGCUCCAACAGCCUUCAGCGCCGGCAACAUGUUGUUUCUGCUCGACCACAUGACAUCGCAAUCAUACUACCUCCUUGUUUGCAUACUCGGCACCGGCGAUGCCCACACCGUCUACGCCGCAGACUUCCCUAACAACUCAUGCAAACUACAAUAUCCCACCGACGGCGAGGAGUGCUUUCACCUGCUGCUUGAUAUACUGCGCAGACUCUUCCCGCCCCUCAAGUUCCUCUCAGCCCGGUGCGGCCUCGGCGCCAGACAUCACGGCUGGGCGCAGUGUAAGUACGGCAAGAACGUCACACCAUAUACGUGGCAGUGCAAUCGUCCACUCAAAAAUAUGCCUAACCGUCACCCGGAGUGCACUGAUAAAUCGCCCCUGAUGUCGUACCUCAACGACUGCCUGCCCGGCCACCUGCCUCACCAGGUCAGCAACGUCGGCUGCGAGCCUCAGUGCAACACCUGUCCCAGUAGGCCUAAUGGCACGCCCUGUCUCACGCCGCUCGGCUUCCGGGGGUUCUCGGGCAGCACCAAGACGGGCAAGCAGCUGUGCAAAGUGCUGACCAAAUUCCUGUGUAACGACCAUGUUACGUGCAUCUUCACACUGCUACCCAGGCCGCCGAGCUCACUGCCGGAGCACUUCGGCUUUGCCUUGUCACUCGCGGCGGGCAUAAACACCCGCAUCCCAGACAGAAGGUCUAGCCACAAGACGCUUGCUGACGCCUUUGAUGCCUCCACCGACAGCCUGUCACUCGGCCUCUACAAGACCGGUGCCCUUGUCGCCGCCCUCACCCACGCCUACGGCGCCGGCUCCGUCGACCACGCCGACUGCCAGCACCACCACCUCAAGCAUCUCGCAACCCACAACUUCUGUACAGGCAAGAGCAGGAAUAUGGACUCCGCCGCAUACCUCUCAUCGCUCUGCCACGACGCCUACAACCAUCUCGCCCACAGGCACUCCGACCUCUAUCUCUCAUGGGCCGUAUACCUCCCAUGGCAGCUGUGGCAGCACCUUGAGCGUCUACACGGCGCCCUCUGCAGUAUCUCCUGCCACGACUGGGGAUGCUUUACGUGCCUUCACGGCGACACCUGUGUGCCAGGGCGGCAUGGCCUCUGUGAUGACAUGACCGAGUCGCCGCGUUGCCACUGCACCUCCGUUGUCCAGUGCAGCGGUGUCUCACCGACGUUGUACAAUUACGGCUUCACCUUCCCAAACCCCUCGGCGCUGAAUCGUGAGGACUCGCCAAACACCUGCGCCCAACUCUCCAAACUCCUCACCAACGUCCUCCACUCCCGGCACUUCACCAACCUCUUCCACCACUGCGAUCAGUUCCUCUGGGAAAUUAGGACACCGUUCCUCUACACCCUCGUCGCAAUUUGGCUCAUCGCCACGCUCUACAUCCUCGUCAUACUCCUCUACCGCAUCGACGUGUUGCACGUCCGCUCCCACCUCCUCACCACCAGGGCCUCCCACCUCAUCGACGUCAAGGCUUUACUCGCCGGCAGCCGCAGGAUGCUCUCGCUCUACAAGGACGUGGAUUACUUUGACGACGACUUUCACUCAUGA